GAGACGGAGACCUGGACCACUUGGAUGGACCGUGGAUCCCAUAAAGAGCUGAAAGAUGAGAGGGGUCCACCAUCACCUUAGUUGGGGAAGGUGUCCACCUCCAGCAUGUCCAUGUUAUUCCUGAUACUUUGCAAGACUGGUCUGAGACACAAACUCCGGAUGCUUCCAGGGAAAAUGGUCAACACUGUCUACAGUGAUGAGGAGAAGGGAAUCCAAGACAGGGAAAGCAAGGAGGAGACCAUCUUGGCCAUGUUGGGCAUCAUUGGGACCAUUCUCAACUUGCUAGUCAUCAUCUUUGUCUACAUCUACACCACGUUGUAGAGCGCUUCGGUUUUUGCAGCGCUCGACCGCCAAGCUGCGGCCAUGUCGACCAAUGAGGAGAAGCGCAGAGGAGCGCGAUGGCGGACAGAAGCCAAGCCAUACAAACAUCCAGUUAGUUGUGACUUGUACAUAAUGCAUGAAGAUUGCGGGCCGAUCAGGCUUUAAGGAGCAGCUUUUCUCCACUCAUGGACAACAAAAGAUCGCAAAUACUUCUUUUUUAAUGAAUAUUAUUAAAUAAAAGCUGUAAGGUGUGCUUUUAAUUCGACAUGCAGGU